CAGCGUGCGGUGUCUGAGUUCCUGGGUUUUCUCAGCUUUCCAGGUAAAAUAUGGCUAAAAGUUUACGGAGUAAGUGGACAAGGAAGAUGCGUGCUGAAAAGAGAAAAAAGAGUGCCCCAAAGGAGCUCAGCGGACUUAAAAGUAUUCUUAAAGUAGAUGGUGAUGUUUUAAUGAAAGACGUUCAAGAGAUAGCAACUGUGGUGGAACCCAAACAUUGUCAAGAGAAAACGCAGUGUGUGGUGGAAGAUGAAACAGAUGACAUGAAAAUGGAGACUGAUAUUAAGAGAAACAAAAAGACUCUUCUAGACCAGCAUGGGCAGUACCCUGUAUGGAUGAACCGGAGGCAAAGAAAAAGGCUGAAAGCAAAGUGAGGGAAAAAGAAAGGAAAAAGCAAAGCAAAAGCCAUCAAGGCAGCGAAGGGUUUGGCCUGGUAGACCCUUAAAAACUUGAAAAAUGCCGCAUGGGACAGUUCUUUGAUUAGAAUGUAUACAUUGAUUUCAGCUUCCACCAAAUGGAAACUUUGUUUCCAUUUUUUAACUUGGUCUUUUUCUUCAA